GUUGAACUAUUCAUACCAUACUUACUCCGUAAAAAAUGGCAAAUUUAGGCGAAGAACAAGAUUUGCUCUCUAAAAUAUUUGAUAUUCUAAAAUCAGAACGAGUGUUCGACCCAAAAGCUGGAGAUUUGGUGUUUCCUUUCAAGCAUCCGCAAGAAUUGAAAAGUUUGCUUUGUCUGGAUUUAUCAACCGCCGUACCGUGUGCUGGUUCUGCGGAGCGAGAAAACAUAGUUCGUAUGGUGAUUCAAUAUUCUAUCAAAACUGCUCAUCCGAAUUACCACAAUGAGAUGUACGCUGCACCGGAUCUAUACGGGCUAGCUGCUUCGUGGGUAACCGAUGCGCUGAACGCUUGUCAAUUUACAUUUGAAGCCGCCCCGGUGUUUUCGCUAAUUGAAUCGAUGGUUUUGGAAUAUUUUCUGAAGCUUUGCGGCUUUGAAGAUGGUGAAGGUGUUUUUACUCCGGGUGGAUCGAUGGCCAAUAUGUAUGCGAUUUCGAUGGCAAGGCACAAAAUGCAGCCAGAUAUUAAAAUACAAGGAAUGUAUGGGCAGCAAUGCUUGAAAAUAUACACCUCAGAAGAUGCUCAUUACAGCGUCACCAAGAGUGCCAACUGGUUGGGGCUGGGCGAGGCAAACGUGCUGAAAAUCAGCACGGACCAUUUGUCCCGUAUUGAUCCGGGUGCGCUGGAGGCCGCACUCCAGACGGCAACGGUUGGCCAGGACGGAUCGAGGCCUCUCAUCGUAUCGGUUACGGCCGGGACCACGGUGUUUGGGGCGUUCGACGAGCUCGACAAGAUUGCCGACAUUUGUGCUCGGUUCGGCACGUGGAUGCACGUUGAUGCCGCAUGGGGUGGGGCAGCGCUGUUUUCCGACCACUAUAGAAAGUUGUUGCUGAACGGAUUGGAACGGGCAGAUUCAGUUGCUUUGUGUCCCCAAAAAUUACUUGGUGCCCCUCUUCAAUGUGCCAUGUUUUUGUCACGGCACAAGGGUUUGCUGACUAGCUGUAAUGCGGCAUGUGCCGAGUAUCUGUUCCAGACCGAUAAGUACUACGACAUUUCCUACGACACGGGUGACAUGAGCGUCCAGUGUGGCAGAAAGGUCGACUCAUUUAAGCUCUGGUUCAUGUUGCGUGCCCGAGGCCCCGAAUGGUUCCAGCUGGCCGUCGAGAAUGCCUUAAGCUGUGCACAGUAUUUUCUGCGGGCAAUAACCGAAAAUGCCUUCUUCAAGCUCGUUCGGACAAAGUUUGAGUUUACCAAUGUUUGCUUCUGGUUUGUUCCAAAAAGACUACAGCUGGCUUCCCGCAGCGGCCAGGAUGAAACCGACGAUUGGUGGGCCGAGGUUCAGAAGGUCACACUUAUACUGAAGGAGCGAAUGGUCAAAAAGGGCAGUCUGAUGGUCAGUUAUGCUUCCCAUCCCUGCAAAAAAUUGGGCUAUUUCUUUCGGUUGGUGGUCAAGUGUGUGCCACCCCCGACUACGGAAAGGAUGGAUUAUAUCAUUCAGGAAAUGGUGGCAAUUGGCGGCGAGCUUUGAGGGUUUGCUUGCGUCAUUUGAUUGUACGAUUGUUUGUGCCAUUUUUAAAAGCUAGAAGAUACGUUAUA